AGCCUGAAUUCAAUGGAAUAGGUUGCAUAGCUAUCCAGAGAGCAGCUCCCAAGGCCAGGGACGCUGGGUGCGGACAGGAAAGCUUUGCUAUACAGUGUGCUCUCUCCUGAGGUUAGAGGAGCUGUGCCUUUUUGGGAGGAUGUAGUUUGCCCUCGGCCUGGAUUUCUGUAGAAUCAGCAAGAGUUAGCCUUGAAGUCCUAUUCAGGUGGGCCCCCUCUUGCCCUGUACCCAGAAUGAGCUGAUGUGAGAUGCUGAGAGUGGCUUCGUUGGGAAGAGAGCCCGGGCCUUUCUUCCCGUUGGCCUUCUCGGAUGCUAACUGCUAGGGCAAAACAUCCUGUGGGAAGAGAAUCCCCUGCUUGCACUGAGAAAUUCAGAAGCAGGAGGCCGGGCACAGUGGCUCACACCUGUAGUCCCAGCAUUUUGGGAGGCCGAGGUGGGUGGAUCACUUGAGACCAGCCUGGCCAACAUGGUGAAACCCCGUCUCUACUAAAAAUACAAAAAUUAGCCAGAUAUGGGGGUGGGCAUCUCUAAUCUCAGCUAUUCGGGAGGCUAAGGCAGGAGAAUCGCUUGAACCAGGGAGGCGGAGGUUGCAAUGAGCUCGCGCCACUGCACUCCAGCCUGGGCGACAAGAGCGAAACCCCAUCUCAAAACAAAGAAAAGAGAAGAAAUUCAGAAGCAGGAAUCCUGGGCCAGCUUCAUCCUCAGACCGAAGAGAACUGUAGAAUUCUGAUUGACAUCUUCCAAAAACCUACCCUCUCCAAACCAAAAGCAGUUUUUGCUGACAUCUGGUCUUUCUGGGAUGCUGAUAUUUUUAUUUAUAAAAUGACGCUAUUAUCCCCAAAUAGAUUCUUAUUUUUAACAGGCUUUCUCCCUUUGAGGCCUGCCUGAGGCUCAGAACUUUGUUCUCUGGCAUCUCUGUGUUACCCUGUAAAGACAGGAAGGCUCCUGGGCUCUGCCAGGAGCAGAGAGGUGGGGAGGGUUGCCAGCCGGAAAGUCAGACAACUGCUUGUAUUCUGCGUUACCUCCCUCCUUGCCCUCAUCAGCCUCAGUCCAGGAAAGAGAAACCUUCAGUGAGCGAUCAUUGCCCCUGAACUAAUGCCCCUGUGAGUCACACAGGAAGGGGCAGGUGAAGAAGAGGCCCGAUGGGGCCUUGUUCUCUGCCCCCUCCUCCUCCCCUUCCCCAGUGCAUCCUCCCCACUGAGGUUUCUCUGCUUUUUAUCUCUCAGUUGCCCAACAUGUUCGGCGACCUUCGGUCCACAUUUAUAGCCUUGAUGAUUGGGUCCUAUGCUUCCUCGGCAGUCACCUUUCCAGGAAUCAAGCUCAUCUAUGACGCUGGUGUCUCCUUCAUCAUCAUCCUCGUGGUCUGGGCCGGCUGUUCCGGGCUGGUUUUCCUCAACUGCUUCUUUAACUGGCCCCUGGAGCCCUUCCCGGGCCCGGAGGACAUGGACUACUCGGUGAAGAUCAAGUUCAGCUGGCUGGGCUUUGACCACAAGAUCACAGGGAAGCAGUUCUACAAGCAGGUGACCACGGUGGGCCGGCGCCUGAGCGUGGGCAGCUCCAUGAGGAGUGCCAAGGAGCAGGUGGCGCUGCAGGAGGGCCACAAGCUGUGCCUGUCCACCGUCGACCUGGAGGUGAAGUGCCAGCCGGACGCCGCAGCGGCCCCCUCCUUCAUGCACAGCGUGUUCAGCCCUAUCCUGCUGCUCAGCCUCGUCACCAUGUGCGUCACGCAGCUGCGGCUCAUCUUCUACAUGGGCGCCAUGAACAACAUCCUCAAGUUCCUGGUCAGCGGCGACCAGAAGACAGGUGGGUGCCCCGGGCAGCCUCGGUCACUGUCCCUCCCCGGCCUGAGCCCAGCCCGCUGGCCACCGGCCAGAAUGUGUUCAGCUGAGCCAGGCCAGCAGGGCCACGGAAAGGCCGCAUCCCAGGCACGGUCUGCCUGUCAGAGCUGUUUCAUCACAGCCAGCCCCAACUGUUCCUUCGUGUCCCCAUCAGGGUUUCCUGGUCCAGGAGGGAGGGAAGGACCAAAAUAGCUGCCUGGGGCUGGGGGGGUAGGGGGUGUGUUUUCCAGCGCCUGAGGGGGAGGGUUGCCGUGUGUGUCUGUAAACGAAAACAGAACAGAACCCUCCACCUAAGUGUGGCUGAAAGACGGCAGGUCAAGCCCAAAGUCCUCCCAGAAAGUGGCACGGUGGGUGCGUGGACACCCUGGACGUCGAGGUCAGGUCGUGGCUGCAGACGCUGGUGCAACGGGCCCACGCUGGGCUCUGCAUCUCUCACUGCAAAACAGGGCGGGGCAGAGGCUACCUCGGAGCCUGUGGUCAGUUGAGGCUUGUCAGCUCCAGCAAACACAGCUGAUAACCCACACUCCACUUUUCCAAACGGCGCAGGUCUUCAGCUGAUGAGAGGUUUUGAUUCUACAGAGAAAGGACUUCCCCCCAGGGCCUGAGCUGAGUCAGCCUUAGUCAUCCCCAGCCUCCCUGGUGUGCAGCCUUUUCUGAUGGUGUACUUGUUUUUAUCAAGGUGAACAUCCCCUGGGUCUUGUGAAGAAGCAGUUAUCAGGUUUUUAGGAGAUGAGAAAUCCAGCUUUAACAAAUGAUAGCAAAGGGAACCAGAUAACAGCCAGUUCUACUGUGAAAAUGGGAGUCUCGGCCGGGCGUGGUGGCUCACGCCUGUAAUCUUAGCACUUUUGGAGGCUGAGGCAAGUGGAUCAUGAGGUCAGGAGUUCAAGACCAGGCUGGCCAAUAUGGUGAAACCCC